AUGGAGCUGAGCCUGGAGAGCCUGGGGGGCCUGCACAGCGUGGCCCACGCGCAGGCGGGCGAGCUGCUAAGCCCGGGCCACGCGCGCUCGGCGGCGGCGCAGCACCGUGGCCUGGUGGCGCCCGGGCGCCCGGGCCUGGUGGCCGGCAUGGCGAGCCUGCUGGACGGCGGCGGCGGCGGUGGGGGUGCCGGGGGCGCGGGCGGCGCGGGCAGCGCGGGCGGCGGCGCGGACUUCCGCGGGGAACUGGCGGGCCCGCUGCACCCGGCAAUGGGCAUGGCCUGCGAGGCUCCGGGCCUGGGUGGCACCUACACGACGCUCACGCCCCUGCAGCACCUGCCGCCGCUCACCGCCGUAGCCGACAAGUUCCACCAGCACGCGGCGGCCGCGGCCGUGGCCGGGGCGCACGGCGGCCAUCCCCACGCGCACCCGCACCCGUCGGCCGCGCCGCCCCCGCCACCCCCGCCGCAGCGUCUGGCUGCCAGCGUGAGCGGCAGCUUCACCCUCAUGCGCGACGAACGGGCGGCGCUCGCCUCCGUGGGCCACCUCUACGGACCCUACGGCAAGGAGCUGCCCGCCAUGGGGUCGCCGCUGUCGCCGCUGCCCAACGCGCUGCCGCCCGCGCUGCACGGCGCCCCGCAGCCCCCGCCGCCGCCUCCGCCUCCGCCGCUGGCCGCAUACGGCGCGCCAGGCCACCUGGCCGGGGACAAGCUGCUGCCGCCCGCCGCCUUCGAGCCUCACGCCGCGCUGCUGGGACGCGCCGAGGACGCACUGGCCCGCGGGCUGCCCGGAGGCGGCGGUGGCACAGGCAGCGGCGGAGCGGGCAGCGGGAGCGCCGCGGGGCUGCUGGCGCCGCUGGGCGGGCUGGCGGCGGCCGGGGCGCACGGGCCGCACGGGGGAGGCAGCGGCCCCGGCGGGGGUGGCGGCGGCCCCAGUGCGGGCGCGGCGGCCGAGGAAAUCAACACCAAGGAGGUGGCGCAGCGCAUCACGGCGGAGCUGAAGCGCUACAGCAUCCCGCAGGCAAUCUUCGCGCAGCGGAUCCUGUGUCGCUCGCAGGGCACGCUCUCUGACCUGCUGCGCAACCCCAAGCCGUGGAGCAAGCUCAAAUCCGGCCGCGAGACCUUCCGCAGGAUGUGGAAGUGGCUGCAGGAGCCAGAGUUCCAGCGCAUGUCGGCGCUGCGCUUGGCAGACCAAAAAAAAAAAGAAGAAGAGAGAGAGGGGAGAGAAACCGUGCGGACGAAGGACGUGCUGUUCGAGAGCAUCAGCCACCUGAUCGACCACCACCUGCAGAACGGGCAGCCCAUUGUGGCCGCCGAGAGCGAGCUGCACCUGCGCGGCGUGGUCUCACGGGAGCCCUGA